AUGUCGGCGGAAUUGGUGCUGGCGGAGUCGUCGUCGCUGAUGUUGAGGUUUCUGAUCGCAGAAGUCGGCGACAGCAGCGCAUCUACCGACUUCUUGACUCUGUCGGUCAGGUUGUCGGAGAACGUUUCGACGGACCGGGUGGUGGACUCGAGCGCCCGCGACGCUGGCGACGCCAACGACAGCUCGUCACCAAGCCGGCCCGACGUUUUCUUGAAAAUGCUGAUGGGAGACGGCCCGCGCUUCAUAGCAUGUGGAAUUGCCAUGGUGAGCGACCGGGGGCUGGGCACCUCAUCCUUGGGCUGUUUGUCCUGCUCAUCGCCCCCACCGCCGUCCUCAGCGGGCUCCGUCAGAAUUGGCGGAGAACUGCUCGAUCGCGACUUGCGAUUGAUCCCCGUGCGCGAGUUUGGAGCAACAGCGUUCGGAGGAGCAGGUAAGCCACUAUUGGCGUCCACCUUGCCGUCAGAACCGGCAAACUGCCCGUUGUACGACGAAGAACCCCCGUUGGAGCCGCCUGCCACGCCGCCUGGCCCGCCCCGACCACUGUUCACCGCAAUAGCCGCGGCUGCCGCAGCAACCUCGUCCUCAAAUUGGCCCUCCGGGCUCUGUGUCUUGAUGAUCUUCUGGAAAGAUGGGUCGAUGCUUCCCAAAUUGCCGCCGUUCUCGCUCAUCGCUGUGAGGUUAGUGCCCGUGUCUGGUGAUUACGUUAUUCUUUGA